UGAUACCAAAAAAAGCCAACAAAAAAAACCAACAAAAAAAAGUCAAUACUUGAGUCAAACAAACAACAAAAAAAUUGAAGAAAAAAACUUCAAAUUUUUUUUUUGGUGAUUCAAAUGUUCACUUCAAACACCGCCGCCGCCGCCGCACACAUGAGUGGCCAACGGCAACACCGGCCAGUAGUAAACGGCAAUCAUCUAACACCGACUACUAGUGGUCAUAGACCUACUACUACUCAUACAACUAGACAGUCAAUUAUCGGUGAUAUUUACCGACAGAGUCGGCACAAUAGUCUAAUGAAAUACGAGUCCAUAUCCCGUAAAAAUCGCCAACAAUUGGAGAAUCGGGAAGCGUUUAAUCAAUGGUCAAAAAUAUUGGAUUUUCUACGCCGUGAUCGGUCAAAGUUUGUGGACGACUCGUUUCCGCCGCUACAGCGGUCACUGUACUACAGGAACAGUAGAAAUGAGUGCCGAAAUUCGGUCAGUCAGUGGCUAAGACCCGAACAAGUUGUUACACGCGAUAGGAUGGGCAGCUAUCAGAUGAUUCCGUGGACAGUAUUUCGGACACCGCAACCAUCGGACAUAUCACAGGGUAUUCUCGGCAAUUGUUGGCUACUGUCGGCACUGGCCGUACUGGCCGAACGACCCGAAUUGGUACGCAAAGUAAUGGUUACCAGCGACGUGUGUCCCGAGGGUGCCUAUCAGGUACGGCUAUGUCGGGACGGCAAAUGGACAACCGUCCUAAUUGAUGACCUGUUGCCGUGCGAUUCUAGCGGAUCGCUGGUCUACUCGAAAGCAAAACGCGGCCAACUGUGGGUACCGUUCAUUGAGAAAGCAGUGGCCAAACUGUUUGGCUGUUACGAAGCCCUGGUAUCCGGUCGUACACUAGAAGGUAUGUCCAUAUUGACCGGUUCGCCGUGCGAUACCUAUUUUCUGCAGCCGCGCGAAGUGGAUCAUUGCGAAGACUUGGAUCCGGAUAUACUGUGGGCAAAGAUACUCAGCUCACGGAUGGCCGGCUUUUUGAUGGGCGCUUCGUGCGGCUCCGGGCCGUUCAACUCGACACCCGACAGCAUAUUCUAUGCCAAAGGCCUGAAGCCACGGCACGCCUACUCCGUGCUGGACGUUCAGUGCGCCGGCGGUAACCGCUUGAUUCGGUUACGUAAUCCCUGGGGUUGUCACUCGUGGAACGGCGAUUGGUCUGAUCUGUCGCCGCUGUGGACACCGUCGCUCAGACGCCGACUUCAGCCGAACGACGACACCAACACCGAAACCGUAGCCGACAAUAGCGACGGCUGCUUCUGGAUGUCCUAUCGUGACUUUCUCCAGUACUUCAACGCUGUCGAUGUUUGCAAAGUACGGCCAAAAUGGCACGAGUGUCGUAUCGAUGGCCACUUUCCGUCCCGAGCCGACGAUCUGAACCAUACGACUAUGGUUAUGGUUAUAGUUACCGAACCGACCGAACUGGAACUGUGCGUCUAUCAGUCUAGCGAUCGCCGAUCGGAGGACAACAAACACCGAUCCAGGCUGGAUCUGGCCGUUGCUGUCUAUCCGUACAAUGGUAUGCUCGGACCGUUGACUAUGGCCAGCAAUCGACAGGUCCAGAGUUUUGUCAGUUGUCAUCAGAUACUGGAGCCGGGAGUCUAUGCUAUUGUUACGAUGGCUUUCAAUCACUGGCAUACCUUUGAACACCAGUUUCCCGCUAACUACCCGAACUAUUUGUUGGCCAUACAUAGUGCACAAUCGCUGCUCAUUGAACGUAUCAAACCGCCGAAGUAUAUGUUGGCCGACGCACUGAUCAGCAUUGCUAUGGCCAGAGGCCAGAGACACGAGAUUGCAGUGGGCGUCACCUCCUACUGUCUGACCCAACACUGGUCAGGAAUGGUAGCUGUAGUGGAAAAUCGACGACCCGAUGAUUGGGCACAGAUUGUAUGCAAUUGUAGUCAAAGUAUAAACUUGGUGUCCACUAGGGGUACAAUGACAACCAUCGACAGUGUACCGCCGUUGCACAGACAAGUGCUGACAGUGUUGAGCCAAUUGGAGGGCAGCGAAGGUCUAGUUAUACAUUAUAAACUGACACCGCGUUUGACCAGCGAAUCGGCACUCGGCGAUUGGGCUUACGGUUAUGGCGGCGCCAGUGGUGGCCAUAGUCAACAUAUACCCGAUAUUGAUAGCACUGUCCAUGAGUUGCACUCUCCCCGACCACUUUGA